AUGGAUAAUAACCGGUUUUCAUCGCAGAAACACUCAACCAAGAGUGGUUAUGAGCCGUCAGACACAGAGACAGAGUGGCAAGAGGUUCCGAGACAUGAACGAGAAAGAAAGAACAUUGCUUUGGAUCCUGAAGAUGCAAAAGCUUUCACUCUAAUUGCCAAGAGUCCAUUGGCACUACACAGGAGGCACCAAUACAACCAUUCCAAGUUCGAAACUGAAACCUCAUCAGCCACCACAACAAUAGCUUCUGUUCCAAGCCAACCUCGGAGAAGGCAACACCAUAGCAAGUCACCCUUUAAGCUUCGAGUAGCUGGCGAUGAUGAUGGCGAUGAUACUGAUGAUCACGGUCCCCCACCAUCACCCAUAAGAGGUUUGAACACAAGGAGAAAUAUAAGCCCUUUGCCAAAACCAGAUGUUGGGAGAACCGUGUCUCCUUACAGCAGAAAGCAUCACGGUUCUUCAGGUCAUAGAGGCAUGGUUCUCAAUGCACCUUCAGUGGCAGAGAUCAAUGAAAUCAUAGCAGAGGUGAAACUAUCCAAUGACCCUAGCACUUUGGAUGAGUCAAUGACUUCCACCACUGAGUCUAUUCAACCGGGUGAUCUUUUCUUCUCUCGAGAAAGCAGUGCCUUGCAGGGCAAGAAAUCUUCGCUGUUGCCCCAAAAACUUCAACAAUAUGGAUAUUAUAGCCCAAGUCCUGCAGGAACCGCCAUGAGUCCCCACAUUAGAGGUCUCCCUGCUUCUUCCGUUGAGGAUGAAAGCAACGGAAAUGGCAUGAACAUCCGAGGAAUCGCCUCAUCUGGUGUGUCUAGAUCAAGUUCAGCUGUUACAAGCAGAAAGGGCGGUAGCAGUAUGACGAGCGAUGGUAGUGUGAAGACAACUGAUAGCAUGAGGAAAUUCACAGCCAACAGGAAGAAGAGCCAGAAGGAUGCAUCAUGGUUUGCUUGCAUGAGGACAGGAAACUGCAGGACAUCGAUGAAAUCGCCGGAGCGUAAAAGGCCAAUUGAGGCUUCUUUCAUUGGCAGGGCUAUUGUGGUGGAAACCCUCCCACAAUUCUGGGCUGAUAAGCACCAACCUGCUUCACUUAAUGGCUUCAUUUGCAACAAACAAGAAGCUCAACUUCUCAAGGAAUUAGUGUCUCAGGGCUCUUGCCCUCAUAUUCUGCUCAAAGGACCCUCCGGUUCUGGGAAAAGAGAACUAGCAAUGGCUCUUCUACGCGAAAUAUAUGGUGAUGCAUGCUGCAAUAUGUCCCAUGAGUUAAGGAGCUUCCCUAUUCAGGACAAGAGGCCUAUCAAAGUAUGUGUUUCAAUAGCAUCUAGUGCGCAUCACAUGGAGCUCAAUGUAAGCAUGGAACCAAAUGCUAAAUAUGCUUUGCUGGGAUUAAUCAAAGAAAUUAGCAAUAUAUAUGCAAUGACACCCGAAGUCAGCAAUGUUAAUUUCAAGCCUGAUUAUAAAGUAAUACUUCUUUAUGGCGUUGAUAAAGCAGUGGAGAACAUCCAGCACAUGAUUAAAUGGAUUAUAGACCGGUAUUCGGAUAUAUGUAAACUAGUUCUCUGCUGUGAAGAUGAUGCAGCCAUUGUUGAGCCUGUUAAAAACCGUUUUAAAAUUAUCAAAGUUGAUGCACCUCAAACUCACCAAAUUGCUGAAGUUCUUAUUCAUAUAGCAAAGAAAGAGGAAAUUGAUGUAUCCCUUAAUUUUGCCGCAAAGAUUGCCAUAAAAUCAAAGCAAAACCUGAGGAAAGCUAUCAUGGCACUCGAAGCUUGCAAGGCGCACAACUAUCCAUUUUCAGAAGAACAACCUAUUCCAAUUGGAUGGGAGGACAUGGUAAUAGAAGUAGCUGCAGAGAUUCUAGCUGAUCCAUCAUUUUCACGCUUACUCUCAAUAAGAGGAAAAUUUCAAAUGCUUCUCUUGGAUUUUGUCCACCCCAAACUGAUCCUGCAGAAAUUGGUGGAAGAGCUCCUGAAAAGAAUUGAGGUCAGCUUAAAAAGAGAAGUCUACUAUUGGCAUGCGUAUUAUGAAAGAAGACUGCCACCCGGAACAACAGCUUUACUAAAGUUAGAAGAAUUUGUGGCCAAGUUCAUGAGCAUAUACAGAAAAAGCUGCGGUACUCAACAAUAUGUGUAGGUUAACAUGGAUGUCGUUCAGCUAAGAGUGCUCAAAAUCAUAUGAUCAGCACUAACUAAUGCUUGCUUGUUUCUGCUGGAAUCACUCAGCAUACAAGAACGGAAAGUGUUGUUGCUGAGAUAACACAGACAGAGACAUAGAGACACAGAGACACGAAUAUCAAUUGAAAUCAGUUUCUGCAUCUUAUGUUAUGUAACACAUACAAUAAUUCAACACUUAUCAUCGAAUAUCGCGUUGUGCUAUUAGCCUAUUAUGCAGGCGCAAUAUGUUCCAGUAUAUUGUUGAUUACAUAUAAUUAAUUGAGUUAGCCGCCAUGUAAAGCAUCUGGUAUAUUAUUAAUUAAUUAAUUGAUUAAUGCAGCAAGUUCCCGAUC